GUAGAACUGUAAGAAAUUCGCUAACUACAACAAUAUACCUCCGACAAUUGAAUGUUUAUUUUGAUUUAUCACUGCUAGACUUGAACAGAAAACAAGGACGAAAAUCGCGGCCAGUUACUGCGUGCAACUUUGGCAAUAAAAACUUCACCAUUGGAGAUGAGUGGAAUCCACAUCUUGAACCGGAUGGAAUAAAUUAUUGCAUUACUUGCAGAUGUAAAAAGGUCGGUAUUUUAAACUGCACUUCUCUGUAAAAAACGGAGGAAAGAGCAACAUCCAGGACUUGAUAUGGACACUAAAACUGUCUGUACCAGUGUUGGUAGUACCAAUGUGAAAAUGCUGCGCUGAGUGGUUAUAUUUAACUACCUUAAAAAAUAAGCAGAAACUGGACGUUUCGAGCGAAGGCCCAAGACGAAGGGCCUUCGCUCGAAACGUCGAGUUUCUGCUUAUUUUUAAGGUAGUAAUAUAUAACCACUCAGCACAGCAACUUGAUAUGGAUAGCCUUUUCAAAAAUAUGCGGUUUCGUUCUCUCAUCCGAAGGAUUGACGCCCUCGCCUUUUACGUCUGUAUUGUCCCACCCUCAUGCAUGCAUGAAAUAAAGUUUUAUUCAAACACUCAUUAAUAAUUCAUAAGCUUAUUGGCAAAUCAUGUCAACCAUAAUAUGUCACGUGCAGUGGCUUCAAACCUGAUAAAACACUCUUAAUUAGUAUUCUUUAUAUAAAGAAUACUAAUAAAGCAGUAUCUAUUGAGUAUUGUAGUCAUGUCCUCAUUAGUAUUCUUUAUAUAAAGAAUACUAAUAAGGCAGUAUAUAUCUGUUGAAUUUGUAGUCGUGUUUGAAGCCAUUUAAUAAACUCGCAGGUCGUGUUUUAUUAGGUCUAAACUACUAAAGCCACUCGCGCUGCGCGCUCGUGGCUUUAAACCUAUUAAAACACUUCUGCUCGUUUAUUAAACAGUACAUAAUAAAUAAGUAAUAAUACUGAAUAAUAAUAGUGCAUCACCUUAUGAAUUGUGAUUUACCUCAGAUUGCAGAUUAAGGUUUUAAUGUUGCUUCUCUUUCUCAACUCAAUUUAUUAUGUACUCCAUUGCUACUCGUUCGAUUCUCAUUCAUUGACGUCCAAACGUAUAAUCUUUUCUUCACCAAUGAUAUCACUUUAACAUCUUCAGCAGCCAAGAUAAAAUUUCUCCCUUUCAGUAAAUAAAAUGCUUAGUAAUUGUUUAUCUUUUCCUCCAGGAUGGUUUAGUUGACUGUGAAGAAACGAAAUGUAAGCCUAUAACUUGUCCUGGAAAAUUAAUGCCAAGUGGAAAAUGUUGUGCAGUUUGUCCAAGUAAGUAUUAAAGCUGAUGUCACUAAAUGUAGUGACGAAACGGCAUGUUCGAUGAUGUGAAAUUAUGAAAUAGUGUGCAUCUGCCUUUGUCCUUGCCUACUGCAUGGAAGGAAGCGGAAGUGAUUCCCAUAGUGAAAGACGGAGACCACGAAGUAACGUCAAACAACCGCCCGAUAUCUCUUCUUGCCAUAGCUUCUAAGGUUUGUGAAAAGAUUGUUCUCGAACAAUUCAGUAGCUACCUUAUAAGCAAAAACCUGCUCACUCCUCAUCAAAGCAGAAAUAAAAAACUCCAUUCCACCGAGACCCUGAACAUUCCUAGUACCAACACGAUGCUAGAGGCUAUGGACAAAAAGGAACUCACUGUUCUAGUAUUAUUAGAUCUCUCGAAAGCCUUCGUCGACAGUAUUAACCAUCACAAAUUGUUACACAAACUAGCGAAUGUCGGUGCUUCCCCAGCAACAGUACAGUGGUUCAAAAGCUACUUGUCAGAUCGCUUUCAGUCCACCCGAAUCAACUCCACCCUAUCUGAUCCAGUGGAUCCACUACCAAUCACUCACGGAGUACCCCAAGGUGCGACGCUUUCAUCAUUAUUAUUUUGUAUUUACUUGAACAUCUACCCUCCGUAUCUCGUGACUCCAACCUUGAAUCGUACGUUGAUGACUCGAAAGUUCUCCUCUCCUUCCCAUUACGUCAGAUAAAUGCAGCAAUUACAAAUCUCGAGCAAGACCUACACAGAGUUGCAAGUUGGUGCUGUGAAAACCACCUUUUAAUUAACCCGGGGAAAACAAAGUACAUGAUGAUCGGAACAAGGCAGCUGAUGAGCAAACUACCUACAGACACAUCAGUUUUAUUCUUGGGCAAGUCUCUUAAACCAGUGGACUCUGCUAAAGAUUUAGGUGUCACAUUAGAUAGACAUCUAAAUUACGACAAACAUGUCUCGCUUCUUGUCUCGUCGUGUAUGAACAAAUUAUGCCAGAUAAAUCGUCCAAAAAAUAGUUUCGACACAAAACUUUGUCGGAAAUCAUUUCAUCCUUAGUCAUUAGCAAAAUGGUUUAUUGUUCUUCGGUGUGGUCGAAUACGUCUGCCUCAAACGUAAAGAAAGUUCAGUCGAUCCAGAACUUUGCCUGCAAAAUCAUCACAAAAUCCAGGAAGUAUGACCACGUAACUCCACUUCUAUACGUGAAUUGAAUUGGCUCACAGUAGACAAACUACUAGAUUUUAGAGAGAUCAGUUUGACCUAGAAAUGUGUGAAUAACCUAGCACCCGACUAUCUUUGUAACAAAUUGAUAAAAAGGUCAUCAAUCCACGACCGUAGGACUCGUACACACGACUCUCUUCAAAUACUUCUAUUUAAGACUGCAGCUGGCCAACGAUAUUUGCAUAUAGAGCCGUCCAUAUUUGGAACAAUUUAGACAAGAACUUGAAAGACUGCUCUUCUCUUCAAAUUUUUAAGGUAGCACUUAAAAAACAUUUGCUUGCAAAAGAUAACAUUUAGUAUAGCCAACUAAACUUUGUAUAUGAUAAUUGUUUAAACUUAUGUUUGUAACCUUAAUUAUUAUUGCAUGCAUGUAACUGUAAAUAAUUUCUGAAAAACCCUUUUAGCGAGAAAUUUAUUAAAUAUCUAUCUAUCUAUCUAUCUAUCUAUCUAUCUAUCUAUCUAUCUAUCUAUCUAUCUAUCUAUCUAUCUAUCUAUCUAUCUAUCUAUCUAUCUAUCUAUCUAUCUAUCUAUCUAUCUAUCUAUCUAUCUAUCUAUCUAUCUAUCUAUCUAUCGGGUCACACGUGAAGGAAAAACCUCAGAAUGGUUGCCAAUGAAUGCAGGUGUCCCUUAUGGAACUAAGCUCGGACCAAUUUUGUUUUUGGUAAUGAUAAAUGACCUCGAUGUUAAAACACACGCAUUCAGUCCUGCCUAGAUUCAAUCAAUUCUUGGGCUUCAUGUAACCUUAUGAAACUUAAUUAAUCCCAAAAAAUGCAAGGAACUACGUGUUUGCUUUCUCAGCGAAACACCUGAACUAUCACCAUUUUUAAUUGACGGCCACGCGCUUGUUGUUGUGCGGUAAGUGAUCUAAAAUGGAAUGAUCACAUAGAAUCAGUUGUAUACAAAGGCUUCUAAACGCUUAUGUAUCAUCCACAUAUUACGGCGAGGUGGCGUUCUCGUGGAGGAUUUAUUGAGUAUACACUUUGCCUUAAUAAGAUCGGUUCUGGAGUACUGUUGCAUUGUACGUAUGGCACCAUGCCUUACCUUUGUACCUUGCCGACGAAUUAGAGUGAGUGCAAAAACGAGCGCUGAGAAUUAUUUUACCAGGCUACUCUUAUAGGGAAGCCUUAGCACGCCUUGGGUACCUUACCUUGCCUUGCCUCGCCUCAUCUCAUGUCAUCUCACCUUACCUUACCUUACCUUAUCUAUGAUCUAUUCUUAUUAUACAGAUCCAGAAAAUGGCGUAUCACUGAGUAAAAAACAAUGCCGUUAUAAUGGGAAGAGUUAUCAACAGGGAGAAGUUUGGAAUAUUCCCAUGGAAAAAGAAAUUGGAGAUAAUAACUGUGCUGAAUGUACCUGUCAUGUAAGACUAUCUGUUCACCCUGGACGAAUUCGGAAUCGUACGCAAAUCCGUCUGGUCCCACCUGUUCACAUGGGAAUUCGUAGCUGAGCUCGAAUUAGCCGAGCUUCCUGUGUGAAUAACACAAUCAGGGAAAGUUGAGUACGAUCUCGAAUUCUAAGUGAGUCAGUAUUUAUUCCUGAAAAAUCAUAUAUUUGACAUUUAACUGAUCAAACUGAACCAACCGUUUUUCUUCUAUAAUCAAUUAAGUCAGUAUUGAAACUUGUCCAAAUAGUGGAAGUUAGACUAAAUUAGAUGAAGUGACAAGUAUGUCCCAAUGACAAUACUUUAAAGAACUAAACAGGGCAUGUCUAUGUGAAAGUGAUGAUUCGUUUAAUGCAUAUAUCUGAGGAUGAUCGAAUUGGAGUAACGCCUGUAAAGCUCACUCACACUCAAAAAGUGGCGGUUCAAUCUGAGCUUCCCUUGAGUGUCAGUGCUGUUUUUGAAGAGCAAAUAAAG